GGAAAAAGUAUAUUCAUAAAAAAGAGAACACAGAUGAAAGAUUGUAGACUUGGUAGGGUUAUUUCCGACCAUUUCCUCAAUCCCCUUCGCUCACAGCCAAACCACCGCCGCCAAAUCCGCCACCACUUCAAUCCUCGAACACUUGAAAGAGGGUCGCUUCCGAAGAGCUGUCUUAUCCUGUUUGAUUUCCCAUUUCCCUUUCUACAUCCUCUCUACUCUCCAUUCUCCCAAAUUUGCUCUUCCACUCGGCCCCACUCAAGAGUCGCCAUUGUCUACUUCACCUAAGUUCCGUUCUUCAUAGCACAACCGUACUUAUAUGCACCUCCAGCUAAACAAACUUCUUGGUGCGCACAAGGCUUUGCUUUCUCAUUACUCUUCUCUGAUACGCCAGUGUUUAGUUGUUGGAUCUGUUCACAAUGCCAAAACAAUCCACGCUCAAUUGCUAAAGCUUGGCCUUGACAGCAAUACUUUUCUGGGCAAUCAUUGUCUUCAGCUAUAUACGCUAUUUGGUCCUGUCCAUGACGUAUUGAAAGCAUUUGAUGGGAUUAAAGAUAAGAAUAUUAUAUCCUGGAACAUAUGCUUAAAGGGUAUGUUUAGAUUUGGCGACGUCGAUGCUCCCCGUCACCUGUUCGAUGUAAUGCCUGAGAGAGACAUUGUUUCUUGGAACACUAUGAUUUCUGGCUACGUUUCAUCUGGAUUUGCUAAGAGUGCAAUGGGCAUUUCUCUGGAAAUGCAAAAUGCUGGUUUUAGACCAAGUGAGUAUACCUUCUCCAUUUUGCUUUCACUUGUGUCGUCUGCUUUUCAUGGUAAGCAAGUUCAUGGCAGUAUGAUACGAAGUGGUGUGGAUGUAUCAAGUAUGGUGCUUGGGAAUUCAUUGAUUGAUAUGUAUGGAAAAGUUGGCCUUGUUGAUUAUAUGUUUGUCAUAUUUUCUAGUAUGGAAAAGGUGGAUGUUAUCUCUUGGAAUUCUUUGAUUUUAGGCUGUCAUAGAUCAGGCUUUAGAGUAUUGGCACUCAAUCAGUUCUUUCUAAUGAGAACCACUGAGCACUCACCUGAUCAGUUCACUAUAUCAAUGGUGAUCAGUAUCUGCUGUUGCCUCCAAGAGUUGGAACUGGGUAAGCAAAUUUUUGCUUUCUGUAUCAAGAUGGGAUUUACUUCUAACAGCAUUGUACUUAGUGCUACAAUUGACUUGUUUUCCAAAUGCGACAGUUUGAAGGUUGCAGUGCAGCUUUUUGAAGAUACCAAUCAAUUGGAUCGAGUUCUUUGUAAUGUCAUGAUCUCAAGUUUUGCAUGGCAUGGUCAUUGGAGGGAUUCCAUGUGGCUUUUUGUGUAUACCUUAAGAGAGAACCUUGGGCCAAUUGACACUACACUGAGCAGUGUGCUGAGCUCCGUUUCAGUUUUCACACCUGUGGAGUUGGGCAGUCAAAUUCAUAAUUUGGUUCUUAAGUUAGGUUUUGAGUUUGAUGUCAUUGUGGCUAGUUCGCUGGUAGACAUGUAUGCUAAAGUUGGAUCAAUUGAUGAUGCCAUGAAAGUCUUUAUAGAUAUGCCCUUUAGAGAUUUGAUAUCUUGGAACACUAUGAUUAUGGGUCUGGUUGACAAUGGUAAAUACUUUGAGGCCCUACACACUUUUAAUAAAUUGGUCAUGGAAGGUGUACUGCCAGAUAGGAUAACACUAGCCGGAGUCUUAUUAGCUUGCAGUUAUGCUGGUUUUGUUGAGGAAGGGUUAGGCAUCUUCUCUACAAUGACAUAUGAACAUGGAGUUGUGCCAAGCAAUGAACAUUAUUCUUGUAUUGUGAACUUGCUGAGUCGGGCUGGUAAAUUUGAAGAAGCAGUUAAUAUUAUCAAAACAACACCGUACCAACCUACUUCUACAUUUUGGACGUCACUUCUUGGUGUUUGUGCAAUUCAUGGAGACCUAAAAAUCAUUGAAAAAGUUGCAGAGUGGGUGAUGAAGCUGGAACCACAAUCAUCCCUACCAUAUUCAGUGCUGGCUCAAGCAUAUGCGAUGAGAUGUCAAUGGGAAAGCAUGGUUCGUGUCAAGAAUACUUGGGAGAAUAUAGCUGCACAAAAGGUGAAGGCUUGCAGCUGGAUUGUGACAAAAGAUUGUGCGUAUGCUUUUGAGGAUGACCAAUUACAGCUUCUGUUGAGAAAAAAUUUCAUUUCAGUGUUGGAAUUAAUUAUCUGGGAGAUUGAAUAUGGGAUUGACUAUGAACAGUAUCUGGAAAUAAUACAUUAAAAUUGUUUUGUGAUAUUGAUUAUGUGAACCUCAAAUUUAUCGAAUUCUUAAUACCCAAGGGCCAACAUCUCAAUCUUUGGGGUUGUGGACUCUCUGACAAUCACACUGAACGGAUGCUCCCAGACUGUUCUUAGGAACUUGUGGAUGAGACAUGGUAAACGUAUUGUGCUUGGAAUCCUUCAUAGAGUGCCUCAUUGGAUUAAGUUUUUUCUGGAUUUGAAGAUACUGUUUCCUCUUUGGUGCAAAUCUGAUGCCCUGUUAAGAGAUUAGCAGCUUUGUUUUGAUGUUCAGCGACUAUUCUCUUUGCAUUUGUGUGGGUUUGCAAUGGUGGGAUACCAAUUGAAAGCAUUUGCAGUGACGUUUGCUGGAACUAACCUUUGUGCAAUGGAAGAUGAAGUUUGGAAGAAAACUGAUACAUGCAUAUUCAUGCUUCAAGAGACUGGAGAGACGUGAAGAUGAUUAUCCAAUUUUUGCUAUUGGCCACUGAAGAGCAAUUCAUGUUUAAGAGCUCAACGUGAAGAAGAUAGGGUCUUGAUCUACCCAGCAUAUUGAAUCAAUCUUAUAAUCCUCAUCAAGUCAAGCCAUUCACUAACUAAGCUGCCAAGACGUGCUUAGUGGAAUUGUAGCGAGUUCAUUGAGGUGCUGUAAAUGGGUUCAUAGCAUGCUGGAAGAAGGAUAAUCUGUGUUCUGUAAUUCCAACACUACAACAAACUUGGUGAUACUUUGUGUUUCUACUUGAAGGGUGAGGGGAUUUAGUUUUAGUUGCCUUUGUUGGUACAUAGCACAACCCACUGAUUAUUUAUUCUUUGACAUAAAUAUUCAUAAAUUAUAUGAUAUGAUUCUAAUUGAAAAUAGGGCAAGAACUGACCAUACAAUUGACAAAUAUUCUGAUGAUCAAUAGGUCACUUUGGUGCUAAUAACUUUGUAGAAAUGAUACUGUAGUGUGUGAAAGAUCGUAUUGUAUAAAAAAAAUCUUAUUGAUGCAUAUAUCAUUAUAUCCUAUUUCUAUUCCAUGCAUUCUCGGUAAGAUAAUCUGGUUUUUCUUUUAAAUGCUCUGAUUCUUUCUAGGGUCUUUGUAAGCUCUUGUUCCUCUCAUAGGUUUGAUUACUAAUAGUAGAAAAGACUAAUCGGUUUUUGUGUUACUGGGGAGAUAAACUAAAACACAAAUCGAUGGAUGACGUGCACUAAGCAGACUGUUCUCUUCAUCAAAAGCUUUUUGUUCUGAAGUAGCUCUCAGGAUAGCUCAUCUGCACAAUGCAACGGACCAGUUUGUCUGCUAGGCUAGUAGUAGCAUGUCUAUAGAGCAAGCACUGGAUCCCGGGUCAUCUUCUUGGUGUGAAAGAAAUAGGAAUGUGAAUAAGUAGGAAUAGCAUAUUCAUUACGUGGAUUGCUGCAUUCUGGAUCCUUGAAGUUGAAGCUGAGAUAGAAUGAGAUGAUCGAAUGCCUUCAGGCUGGCAAUUUGAUGAAGAAAAAUGGGCCAUUUUCUUCAGUUCAUUAAUCAUGUUUGUAUCUAUCAUGGAAGUUGAAAGUGUGGUGGCAGCAACAACUAAAGAAUAAAGUCUCCUGCAUGGCUGCAUCACAAGUCAUUUUUCAAAUAUUAGUUGGAUGUAUAUAGAAACAUGUCAUGGAUUGAGAGACUAAAUCCUGGAAUGGACUACAAGAGCAGAUUGGCAGCAGGCAGGACGGAUGCUUUCUAUGUUAGGAAUCCCGCCGGAAUCUGGUGGAUUUGAAUACAAUGAAAGCAUUUUGCAAGAGAGUAAACAUACGACAAAGCUCAAAGUCAUUGAGAAGAAGACUGAAGAACAGCAACAAUGACUUCUUCUUCGCUGACUCGGUGAAGGGGUUCUUGCUUAAAACUAAGUUGAUCAUAUGACUAUGGCAUAACCUUUGAAUUUUACAAAAUAAAAAAUACUCUGUUUUUUAAAAAUAAUGGGCAGGAGUUGCUCAGACUCGAGUAGUGUUUCUCAAACGAUCCCAAGGAUGGAUUAUGUCUGAAAAGAGCAAUAACAAAUCAACCUGGAGAUCGUAAUUCCAGGAAUGUCCAACGUUUAAAGGUAAACUGGAUUGUUUAUUUCGCCAGAAAGGACAGUAGCAUACAAAAUUGAAUUAUUGAGUCACUUCUCCAAUUUCUAGUUUUCUAUAACGAGUAAUGGGUUUACGUGUAAAAUUGAAACAUAUCGGAUUAGAAUGUUUACCUAAAUAACAAACGAACACACAUCAUUAAAGUGAAUGGGUCCAGUCAGAUCUCUGAGGUUUAAUAAUUUACACGCCGUCCCUAAUUAUACGACCAUAAAAAAUUAAGAAACUAACUUGGCCAAAUUCAGCAGAGGCUACAAUACUUGAGACAUACACAUUAUUAUUCUAGUCAACAAAUUGGAAAAACGUCAAAGUUUAUUGAAUUUAUUAUUGCCUUUAGACCUUAGAUACCUAAAAGCCAUAACCUACUCAAUAAUUACCUCACAGAUAUUAGCCAAAAGGAUAAGAGGAAAAAAAAAAAGAAAAGAAAAGAAAAGAAAAGAAAAAAACCAUUAUGACAUAUCAAUCAUUGAACCUGAGAGGGGAAUAAGAGAAUGAACCGAGACCAAAAAGAGUGAAGAAUUCAAUAAUUCAUGAAGAUGCAGAGUGAGUUGCAGACAAUAUCAUUUUUUUUAGUGGGUUAAAAAGGGUAGAUAUUUGGCAAAAGAUGAAGACAAAUGUUUUAAACGAUAUGAUUGAAGGUACCCCUGAUUUUAAAAUAAAUAAA